GACGAAGCGGGCCGCCCUCGUGAGAGAUCCACCUCAUGUCGUAUGGGCUGCAGUACGACUCGGUGCCCGGGACCUUCCACCAUGUCGGUGAUUGAAGUGAUUCGGGCUCCUUCGAGAAGGCCCUGUAGCCCUGCUUUGGUUCGUAGACGUCGAGUCUGGCUGCCUUGCGCUCCACCACCACGCGUUGGUCGGCUGCAGACAAAGGGCCGGAGGUGGCGAUUGUCCAGGACUUCUUCCCGGAAUCCCGUCUUCCUGAGCACGGGUGCGGUCGCCUCGAUGAAAAUCGCCACUCGGUAUGCGCAUUCCAUCAGAGCCUCACGCAAUGUUUCACCCGCAGCAGCUUUGCUCAGGGAAUGUUCAGUGUUCGCCCCGCCAACCGCCGAGUUCUUCGUCAACGUCAAUUCCCCAGACACCUUCGACCCCGUCACCAUGUCCCGGUACAACCAAGGUGGCAUCAACAUGAUCAGGAAGCUUAUCGGUGAAUUCUUGACGGUUCCCGGAUUACAGGAGAAGGAUAUUCUGGUGGUAUCCUUCUACUCACUCGACGUCAAGCAUCUCACCAAGGCACUUCGAGCUGACAACCGAGACGGCAUGCGAGUUUCCUCGAUCGAUGGCUCGCAAGGGUCCGAGGCGCGUGUGGUGAUCCUACACUGUGUGCGAGGGUGCGCCGGCGACAAGAAAAGUCCCUUCACUCCCUUCAUGACAGACUGGAAGCGGUUGAACGUGGCCACGUCCCGCGCGAAGGACCUACUCAUCAUGGUGGGUAACAUGGAGGGGUGGGAUGCGUGCAAACGCGAACAUGAAGCUCGGUUCGAACAAUCAGCAAAGACGCUUGGGCUCCUCAUCAAAUCCCUCAAGGAUGGAAGAUGUGUCACGGAAUAA